AUCAGUCGUUCCUCACUGCUCUGCACACUGCUUGUGUGAAGCGGACUAACAGAGAAAGAGCUAGAAAAAGAGAGAGACUCAGACUUGCCUUUCUCAGCAACGAUGGCCGGCUCAAUUUCGAACGAGGAGAUGGAGGAUCUGCGAGAGGCCUUCAGCAAAGUGGACCUGGACUCGAACGGUUACAUCAGCACGGACGAGCUGAACGAGUUGUUCAAAGCGGCCAAUCUGCCCCUGCCCGGGUACCGAGUCCGCGAGAUCAUCCAGGAGCUCAGUCGGACCAUGGACCAGGACAAGGACGGGAAGAUCACGUUCGACGAGUUCGCAAAGGUGGUUCACGGGCUGAAGAGCUCGGAGGUGGCCAAAACUUUCCGCAAGGCCAUCAACAAAAAGGAAGGGAUCUGCGCCGUAGCGGGAACAUCGGAGCAAUCGGGAACAAAGCAUUCAUUUGCGGAGGAGGAGAAGGUGGCAUUUGUAAACUGGGUCAACAAGGCCUUGGAGAACGACCCCGACUGCAAACACCUCCUCCCCAUGGACCCGAGCACGAACGACCUGUUCACAGCGGUGGGAGAUGGCAUUGUUCUCUGUAAAAUGAUCAACUUGUCCGUCCCCGACACCAUCGAUGAGAGAACCAUCAAUAAGAAGAAGCUCACACCUUUUACCAUCCAGGAGAAUCUAAACCUGGCCCUGAACUCAUCCUCGGCUAUCGGCUGCCAUGUCGUGAACAUCGGAGCAGAGGACCUGAAGGAAGGCAGGCAACAUCUGGUUCUUGGUCUUCUGUGGCAGAUCAUCAAAAUCGGCCUGUUAGCUGAUAUCGAGAUUACCAGGAACGAAGCUUUGAUUGCUUUGCUGAGGGACGGUGAGAGUCUGGAGGAUCUGAUGAAGCUUUCCCCUGAAGAACUGCUCCUGCGAUGGGCCAACUAUCAUCUGGAACAGGCCGGAAGCCCGAAAAUUAACAACUUUAGCUCUGAUAUUAAGGUAAGACACAAACAAAAAACCAUCCACAAGGAUUCCAAAAAUGUAGUUUCUUUUCAUUUCAUAGCCGAACGUUUGCGUUAUUCCCUUUCCCAGGAUUCCAAAGCGUACUUCAACAUCCUGAACCAGGUGGCUCCAAAAGGAGACGACGAAGGAAUCCCUCCUAUCGCCAUCGACAUGUCGGGACUGAGGGAAAAGGACGACCUGAUGCGUGCGGAGGCAAUGCUGGAGCAGGCCGACCGUCUCGGCUGUCGUCAGUUCGUCACGGCGAACGACGUCGUGCGAGGAAACCCCAAACUCAACCUGGCUUACGUGGCUAAUCUCUUUAACAAAUAUCCCGCUCUGAAGAAACCCGAGAACCAGGACAUCGACUGGAGCUCCAUCGAGGGCGAGACCAGGGAGGAACGCACUUUCCGUAACUGGAUGAACUCUCUCGGAGUCAAUCCUCGCGUCAACCAUCUCUACGCGGACCUGGAUGAUGCUCUGAUCAUCUUCCAGCUGUACGAGAAGAUCAAAGUGCCUGUAGAUUGGGACCGAGUGAACAAGCCUCCGUAUCCCAAACUCGGCAGCAAAAUGAAGAAGCUGGAGAACUGCAACUACGCCGUGGAGUUGGGAAAGAAAGAGGCAAAGUUCUCCCUGGUGGGAAUCGCCGGGCAGGAUCUGCACGAGGGCAACCGCACGCUCACUCUCGCUUUGCUCUGGCAGCUCAUGAGGAGGUACACUCUGAACAUCCUGGAAGAGCUCGGAGACGGUCAGAAGGUCAACGACGACACCAUCGUCCAGUGGGUGAACGACACGCUCGCGCAAGCCGAGAAGAAAACCAUCACGGGUUUCAAGGACGGAGCCAUAAGCGACAGCGUGCCGGUGCUGGACCUCAUCGACGCCAUCCGGCCGGGCUCGAUCCGUUACGAUCUGGUCAAGACCGAAGAUCUCACCGACGAAGAGAAACUCAACAACGCAAAGUACGCCAUCUCCACGGCCAGGAAGAUCGGCGCUCGAGUCUUCGCACUUCCAGAAGAUUUGGUGGAGGUCAAGCCCAAAAUGGUGAUGACGGUCUUCGCCUGCCUCAUGGCCCGAGGGAUGAAGAGAGUUUAGAACGAACAGCCGAGCGGAAGAAAUUUUAUAUUUUUGAUGUGCGCGUGUGUAUGUGGGUGCGUGCGUGUGCGUGUGCGAGUGCGAGUGCGAGUGUGUGUGUGUCUGCUUACAAAACAAGCUGUUGUUGUCCAUUUCUUCAUUACUCUGUAUUCAGUUAACGAUCGGGGAAGCGAGGAGCAGCGACGGCAGGUCUUUUUCCUCGCAGACGAUAACAAACGUCGGACGCCGACGUUCUCGGCCGGCCGACGUCUUCCAAAAAGCGAUUGAAUAAAAUUGAUGGUUUUCUAUUAA